UUGUGGCGGGUCGUGUUGUUCUCUUGUUCUUUGGUUGAAAUGUCUAAACUAUCUCCUCAAAAGUUUCAAAGAUGGAUACGAGACGAGUUGGGUAUGAAGAAACCACCGUCCGAAGCAAAACUUGCAAAAAUCUGCAAGGGAACUCUUGCCAAUGUGUGGUUACAACUGGUAGACAACUACGGUUCACAAACAACCCAAAAGAGCUUCUACAACAGUUUCCUUAUACAGGAAAGCUAUUUGAAAGAGAAUAAAGUGCCUGUAAAUAGCGAAAAAAAGGAACAAAGCAGUAACGAUGAAGAUUUUGCAAGGUGCAACGAUGCAAUAAACGAAUAUAAGCAAAGAUUAUCAGAGUUGGAAAGAGAGAUAUUUGAAGUAGAACAACAGAUACAACUAAUUCAUUGCCGUCAAGCUCUUUCACGGCGGACUUGGGAUAGAUUCUCGGCAGCUGCGGAGAAGAUAGCCAAGGGGAUUGAAGCUAUCGAUGAAAGAGUUUCGCAAUAUAAUCUUAUCGAAAGUAUUGCUGAGUCUGGUGUCGAAACUGUCAACCUCGAACAAUGUAUCCUUCACUGCUCAAAUAUUUCUUCUGCAAUGAGCACUGUGUCAGAUUUUGUUCAAAAAUGUAUGGAACCUUUUACACAAGAAGAGUUUCUGACUCUAUUAGAGCAACAUAUGGGUAAGCAAGAUAUAGUUCAUUCCUUGAAACAGAGUUUGUAUUGUUCAUUGCAAUAUGACAACUUGUAUUCUGAAGAAUGUAAAUCUAUUGUCGAUGGCCAAAAAUUGUUACUAUGGAACUUGCAAGCUCUCUUGUCUGAUUUAAGAUUGAAAAAUACAGAAUAUCAAAACCAACUGGAAGAAAUAUCGCUUCAUAGGAAAGAUUCUACGGAUGAUUCUUGCCAUGAAAAUAAUGAUGAAAAAGAUUGGAUAGAAGCACGUACAUAUGGUGAAGAGGCAACCGAACGAAUGUUGAGAAAUAUGCAACAUCAGUUGGAAGCUAAUUCAUCCGUUUGGAUUUCGGAUGAAGAAUUAGAAGAGACUUUGUCUCAAAUGACUAACAUUGCAACUCAAUUGGAAAGUAAUGUGUAUUCAAUGAAAUCGACGAAUGACGAACUGGAAAAUGUAUGCAACGAUUUGAAGCGAACCGUUGAUGACUCUACUCAUCAAAAGAUAGAACAGCUUUGCCAUCUAAGUAGAAAGGCAGUAGAUUCUAUUAAGAACUUCAUCAAGCUGCACAAAGAGAAAUUGAAUGAUAUCAGUUCGUUAGAAGAAUGUAAAGUUCCUGCUAUUGCUAACCACUGUGCAAAGACAGACACAAGAAUGCACAAUGAAGAUUUGGAUAUUGAUUUAAGAGAUUACGACUACAUGAGGAAAGCUAUUCAAGCCCUACCAAGCAACGGAAAUGGCAUCAUUAUCAAAAUCUGGAAAGAUGUGGAAAUUCUGAAAGACUUGGCUGUACUCGGCUACAAAGCUCGCAAUUUUGAGCAUGAAAUGCUAACCGAUUUGAUUACAAAGGAGUAUCAUUUGACUGCCAUGCAACAGCAAGUGGAGCAACUACAACAUUAUUGGACUGGGGAAAUAAGUCCUCUAGUACAACAUGCAAAUAGUGUACUGAACAACGUUACUGAGUUACUUCCAAAUAUAAGAAACUUAUUGGAUGUGUGGAUUUCCCAACCUGGUCUGGUGAUUCCUCAAUCUCUUGCAAAGUAACAUACUAUCUAUCGCCAACUCCAUUCACAAAAUAUAAAAAAUGUUAAACAAGC